UUUACCUAUAGAAUCAGAACAUAAUACCUGAAAAUUUGCCAGCACCAAUGGGCAAAUAUAAACUAAAAUAUCAGCAAUAUAAAACUGAAAUAAAAGAGGGCUCUAAGCAGUAUAGUCAGAGAAAUACAGAAAAUACAAAAUCAAAUAUUACACAUCUACAGUCUAAGAAACAAGAUAGAUGAAAAGUGUGUGCAACAUGAAGAAGCCAACACAGCUGACAUUACAACUCUGGAUAGGAAAGCCCUCUUACAGCAAGGUUAUGCAGACAAUUCUUGUGAUACACAACAGAGGGCAAGAAAAUUGUACGCAGAAAUUGUGGCUGCAGAGAAGAAGAAACAGACUGUUGCAGAACAAGUGAUGAUAGACCACUUAUCUAGAGCUGUAAUCAGUGAUCCAGAACAAAAUUCAGCAAUUGAGCAAAAGGAAAGUGAUAACAUCCUUCCAGACUCAAAGAUAACACCUCUUCGAUUCAGAAAAAGAACACUACAUGAAACAAAGAUAAGAACUAAUUCUACAUUAACUGAAAAUGUGCUUUCUCAUAAAUUACAAUUUGAUGGUAGGAUCAUAUCACGAAAUGGACGUAAUGCUUGCAGAGAGCUAAUUGGGUUCUUUUUCACUCAUGACCAGUCCCUUACAAUUUAUGAAUAUCGACAAUUUGGGAAAAAUAGAACAAUUGUGCUUCCUUUUAUUAAAAAACAAAUUUAUAGUCAUCAGUGUGGACGAAGAAAAGGAAAGCAAUACCAACUUGGUGAUUUUUACGUUGGUGCAACAUUGACAUUUUUGAGUUCUGAUCAUCUCAGCCUUCCAGAAAGCAUCAAAGAAAGCACAUUGCUUAAACUACGAAUCACAAAUAUUGAUCAAAUAGCUAUGGAUUCUCUCAAAACCACUUCUGUGGAACAGAAGGAUGAUAUAAUCAGUCAAGAAACCAAUGAUAGGCUGGUCUUCAAGGCAAUUCAAGAUUUGCUAAAAGAAAAACUACAUAAAAGAGGUGUUCGUAUUUUGACUGGAUUGGGAAAAUACUUUCAACAGUUGGAUAAGGAAGGAAAUGGACUUCUAGAUAAGGCAGAUUUUAAGCAAGCUCUUAAAGUGUUUCACUUAGAAGUGUCUGAAAAGGAUUUUGAGUCUGCAUGGCUAAUUAUGAAUGACAAUGGCAAUGGCAAGGUCGAUUAUGGAGAAUUCAAACGUAAUAUUAUUGGUGAAAUGAAUGAAUAUAGGAAAUCAUUUGUCCGAAAGGCCUUUAUGAAACUGGAUUUCAACAAAACUGGCAGUGUGCCUAUUAUAAAUAUAAGAAAAUGUUAUUGUGCAAAGAAGCAUUCUCAAGUAAUUUCAGGCCAUUCCACAGAGGAAGAAAUCAAAUCAUGGUUUCUAGAAACAUUAAAAGUUGCCUGCAGCAAGUCUGAUGAAGUGUCAUAUGGUGAAUUUGAAGAUUACUAUGAAGGUUUAAGUAUAGGAAUAGUAGAUGAUGAAGAUUUUGUUAACAUCUUACGUACUCCAUGGGGGAUUUAGUCUUUAACAAUACAUAUGUCAUCAGCACUAAGCAUUUUAUUGGAGAGAUGAUUUCAGUGUGAAGGAUGAUCAAACACUGGAAUAUAUUUUCCUAGGACUUCCUUUAUUCUGUUUUUUUUUUUUCCUCAAAAACGUUGAAUCUGGAAAGAGAAAUAUCCAGAAAGAUAGAUAUAGGGUUAUAUGCAUGUUUGUGCAUGUGUAUGCAUGCUCACAUGUCCGUAUGUUUGAAAAGAUGUCUUUUUGGUUUAUUACUUAUCUUGCAUAUAUUUUAAAGGUCAUUUUUUAUUAAUCUCAAUAGAAAAGUUACAUCUGCAUCAAACAAUAUGACAGCAGAUAUUUGUUAACCAAGUUUCCUGUCCUUUCACAUUUUUUUUUGCUACUUCUUCCUUGGAAUACAUUUGCCACCAUUGUCAAUUUGAUAAAUUAGAAUUGGGCCCCAAACCAGUGAGAAUGAAAUAUUUCAAUAUGUUUAAAACACAUAAAAUAUUAAAAUAAUUAAAGGAUAUGCAAGAGAAAUUUUUCAAGCAGUGUGAUUACAGAUAUUUUCUGUAUAUAGAAUUUUAAGAAUGGAGGCUUACCUCAAUAAUGCUCAUUUAAAUACUGACUUGUCUUGUAAAUGUUUGUCUUCUGAAUCAUGUACUGUUGUUGGUUAAAUAAAGCACAAUGUAGUUAUUCUAAUGACCAGUUACAUUUGUUCUUGUAUUCUAUUUUUAACUACAAUCCUUUUUACCAGUAAACAAUUGCUAUUUGGCUAGAAACAAUACAAUAUGAAAGGGGAUUUUUUUUUAUUAAGAUAAAUACAUUAUCUUAUUAAACAAAGAUCCUAAAAGUAUAUUGUGUCAUACAUGAAUCUAAGGAACAGUUCAGUAUUUCUUGCCUAAAACAUGAAAGUGUAUUUUUAUCCUAAAAUGAAUAUAUGAUAUUCUAAACAUCUCUUUUUGUAUAACAAAUGAAACAUUUCCUUCUAAAUAUAUGUUAUUUAAUAGUUACAUGCAUUAUAAUCAUGCUUUCUAAAUUCUUUGCUAGUCAUUUCUUCCUGGGAAUACAGAAAAGAGACAACUUUAUGAGCUGUUUCCAAGUUCAUAAUUUUAAAUUUUCUAUGUUAAUAUAACAUAAAUGAGAAGAAAUGUGAUUCAAAAAUGAAAAUAUUUACUUUGUAGAAUAUGAUUUUAGACAUAUCACUAUAUCCAUCUAUACUUGGCAGCAACAUGAGAAUUGUGAUACAUGUGAACCCAACAAAUUCAAAGUUGCACUUUUCAAGAUUUGAGAAGGUACUAAAACUUAGUAUUAAAAUAUGAGAGGGAAAAUAUGUGUAAACCUCUUAGUGCUAUUUUAACUGACAAAAUUUUUAAUGUCUAGACUUAAAAAGAUUAGGCUAUUAAAACUACGCUAGAAGACAUUUUGACAGAAAUAAGUAUAUAACACUAUUUUUGUCACUUUUUUGAAAAAUUCAUUCAACUAUAGAUAUCUUAAACCCUAAAAAUUGUUCUUCUUAAAAAUGACUGAUAGUGGGGGUGCUCAAUAUGCACGUAGUGUUUUUCAUAAAUAAUUUUUAUUUAGCUCUUAAAAAAACAUAUUCUUGAUAUUGGCAUGUCAUAUUUUUUUGUUACUAUGAUCAGAAAAUGUGUAGUCUGUCAUACUGUGAAAAAAAAGGAAGCUGCUUUGGGGAUUUAACAUGUUAGUGUGACAGUAUAUUCUUAAUUUUAAUUUUCCUGAUGUAAAUAUUCACGUGGUUAUUUGUAGGAAAUAGCUCUACUUAUAUUUUUUGGUGUAUUUUGUUAGAAUUGGUGACACAGUAAGUCUACUUUUGGAUUUGCCUAACUGCCUGCAUUCAUCUUUGAUUUCGGUAUUCUAAAAUCUGUUACUUAGUAUUAAACUUAAUAAAAGAGCAUUUAAGAGAAGUGACAUUUCAAACAUCCAAGACAUAAUAAUUGACUUUUGAAAUCCAAUGCUUAAUAGUCAUUGUGAUUUUAAAAGACCUUUUGAAAACUUCAAAAUAUUAAAUUAUACAUUGUAAUGCUGUUACAUGAAUUUUAUAGUUAUGUGUAUUUUGUAGAUCUCUAUAUCUUUGAAAGUUACUUGCUUGUAUGCUAUAUAAUUGCUCUCUCAGUUAACCAUAUUGUUUAUGGAAUUGUAUAUAUUGAGUUUCUGUUUUUAUGUUUUGAAAAUAAAAGUUUAGAUAAUGUUAAGGAAAAACUCACAUUUUAUUAAAAACAAGGAAUAUUAUAUAGGACUUUUAAGCUAACUUUUAAUGGAAAGGAUAUACAUAUUUAAAUGAUGGAGCUAUUGUAGUAUAUAGUUAAAAAUGUAUGUUCCUGUUUUAAAUUUUAUAGUGUAUAAAUAUAUGUGCUAAUGAACCAGUGACUCUGCAUAGAGACAGUCACUUAGAAUAAUUCAUAAUUUUGAUAAAGCUAUAGAUCUUAUUUUACAUAUUACUUUGACUUCCAGUUUAAUUAUUAUCAAUUAUUUCAGGAGAGGAUUGUAUACAUUAGGCCAUGUUUACUGCGGAUUAUUUAAUAUGCUUUUAUGAGAUUAUAGUUUGUAGUGCUUGCAGAUAUAAAACAUAUAGCCUGAUAAGCUACAGUCACUGCUAGGUUGACCAGCAAGGACAAACAUCAUAAAAGAAACAACAUGAAAGUAAGUGUUAAAAAAAAAAAGAAAAGAAAUAGAAGGUAGUGAGCAUAUAUAAAACAUGCCAAGCAAGAGAAGAGGAAAGAGAAUCUGCAGGGUAGACAGAGAUAUAUUAGUUUCUGAUCAAGAGAAGACGCUCUUGUCGUAUCAUCCUUCCAUUUUUAUUUUAAAGUUCUAUAAACUUCUGAGGAAAACUGACUUAUUGGAUGCACUUAAUAUAAAAAGAAUAAAUGCUUCAUAUUG